AUGGGGGCGGCGAUGGGGGCACAAGGAGCGGCGGUGCGCUCGGGACGCCCGGUCCAGGGGUGCAAGGUCCGGAGGUCGCAGCCUUCCCCGCACAGGGCCUCUGGCCCAGUCAAUCCCACGUCCCCCUCCUACGUGAUAACCGACCAGACAGAGCUACGGAAAAUCAAGUGCAUGGAGAAGACGGGAAUCAGUGUAACCAGGGAGCUGAUGUGGUGGUGGGGCGUGCGGCUGGCGACAGUGCAGCAGCUCCUGGACCUGCUGCAAGGGCUGCAGCUGUACCGUGCUGCCCAGGUCAUCCUGGACUGGACGUCAGCCUCUAAUAUCAGCCACUCUGAAAAACAGGAGCCGGUCGAGCCGCCUAAACAGGAGAACAUAUCUUUACCGCCCACAGAAAACAAAAAUAGAGAGAAGGAAAAUGAGAGAAGUCUGUUGCCAUCACCAGACUCUUCCCAUCUGGGAGUAUCACCAGCAGGCAUUUCCGGUGCUAUUUCUGGAGGAGCCUUGUAUUCACUGCCUUCUCCACCACCUCCCCCCAGAGACCUUUUGAAAUCCUUGCAGUCAAAUCCGCCUGUCUCAUCAAGUGUGAAGCCUUGCAGCUCUCCUGCCCCUCAGCAGGAGACAAUGACCGAUCUCCCCAGCGGGAGCCUUCUGUGGACCCAGAGGGAAGUCACCAAUGCCACAAACGGGUUCAGUGACAAGAGCAGAAUUUGUGAAGGAACUUUUGCGGAUGUCUACAAAGGUCAGAGGAACAACAUGGUGUAUGUCAUCAAAAGACUGAAAGAGGUGGAAUGCACAAGCCCAGACUCCACCCAGAGAUUCUUUCACACCGAAGUUCAGAUCUGCUUUCGGUGUUGUCACGUCAACAUUCUGCAGCUGCUGGGUUUCUCAGUAGAAACUGGAUUGCACUGCCUGAUAUAUCCAUACCUGCCCAACGGAUCGCUGCAAAACAAACUUCAGUGUCAAGAUGAUUCUGCUCCACUGAGCUGGGACAUGCGAAUCAGCAUUUCUGUGGGACUCAUCCGAGCUGUGCAGUAUUUACACAAUUCUGGAAUUCUUCAUGGGAAUAUCAAAAGCUCAAAUGUCUUGUUGGAUGAAAACUUUGCACCAAAGCUUGGGCAUUCAGGCCUGCGUUUGUAUUCUGUUGAUAAAAAAUCAGAAUAUGCUAUGAUGAAAACCAAAGUCCUACAAGCUUCUCUCACUUAUCUGCCAGAAGACUUUAUCAGACAUGGGCAGUUAACAGAAAAAGUUGAUAUAUUCAGCUGUGGUGUGGUCCUAGCAGAGAUACUGACAGGGAUUAAGGCACUGGAUGAAGGAAGACACCCUAUCUAUCUGAAAGAUAUGAUUGCUGAUGAAAUUCAAAUAGCAAAAGAAAGCUCAUACUCCAAAGUAAAAAAUUUUGAAAAGCAAGCUGCCAAGGAGAUAUGCUGUAAAUAUCUAGACAGGAAAGCAGGACACUUGCCGGAAGAGGUUGCUGUUGAUUUUGCCUUAGCCAUCUGCCUUUGUCUGAGAAAGAAGAAUUCUAACAUAGCAGAGGUGCUUGAAACGAUGGAAACGGCUGCAAAUAAAUUAAGAGAGCAUUACAUCUGUGGAGGCAGCACUUCUGGGUUCUCCAUGAACACUCCAGAAGAAAACGAUGAUGAGACUGCUAGCCUGAGCACGGACGUGCCUUCUGCGGGGGACAGUACAGAGGACAGUGCGCAGCCCAGGGUCCUGUCCAGUGCCAGCCCCUGCACACCUCUGACAGGAGCCGUGUCACCCGACAUCUAUGGGGGACAAAUGUCAAGGGUCCCCUGUGAAUCAGAUGAAUCGAGCAGUUUUAUGUGGAGUCCUCCAGAAAAAUCUGCAGAUGCGCUAUCUAGCGCCAGCUGCAACCAUUCAGGAAUGGUGGCAGCCUCUGAUUACAGGAUCAAGCAGGAGAAACCUGCGAAUGGCCUCCAGGAGAGAAACGCAGUGUGCACCAAAAGUGACGGUGUCUUGGAACCAGCGUCUGCUGCACAGGGCGCCUCUCAGAACAACGCAGACAUUGACUCUCCCUGUUCUUCACAAGCAUUAGCCAGAGAGACUUCUUGGAAAAUAAAGAUAAAUGAUCAAAAAAAGAAGCUUAUGGAAAACAUUUUGCUGUAUGAAGAAGACAAAUUAAACAGUUCUGAACUUUUUGAGUCAUAA